CUAUGCCUAAUUAACGUUCGUUUAAAACGGAUGAUAUUUUGUUAAGUGAAAAUCUUAAAGAUAAGGAUUAUGGGGAUUGGCUGCAGGCUAGGAUCGUUGGCAGACAUGCCUACUAGAGCGCACCUGCAUUUAUUUCUUCUUAAUUAAAUCCUUCUUCGACGUGUGCAGAUCAAACCAGACUUUCUGCCUGCGUUGACAGUUACCAUGGCUCAAUCUCGAAGGAUUCAGUUGACGACGUUGCCCUGUAAUGUGGAUUUACCUUCAUCGCCUGUAAAGCAGGCCCCGCCAUUAAAGUCCCCCUCAGGUGUUCAGCAUGAGAAAGAAAACCGCUCAGACACCGAUACAGUCCGACUGGUGCUCAAAUUAUUUGAACCUGAUGAGCGGAGUUUUCCCGAGUUCAGCUUCAGCCAGCUCGUUGAAAAUAAGAUCAACCGCACAAAAGAUGAAGUCCCUCUGAGCAGAUUUGAAGAGGCAGGUAAGAGGGAAAUCGAUGAGGUGGCUGCUAUUGCAAGGAAGCUGGAGGAAAAAUAUGGCAACGAACCUAAGCAAAAGAAGGACCGCAUUCAGGACUUGAUUGAUAUUGGAUAUGGUUAUGAUGACGAGGAUUCUUUCAUUGACAACUCUGAGGCUUAUGAUGAGUUUGUGCCAGCAUCCAUCACAACUAAAUUUGGAGGUUUUUAUAUAAAUUCUGGCAUGCUGCAGUUCCGCCAAGCUUCUGACACUGAAGACCUCACCAUGGGUGAGGUCACAUCUGACACCUCAAAAAAACGUAAACUAAACGUUGAUAAAGACAAACCAAAGAAGAAGGCGUGCAGAGAAGAUGAAGAAAUUCAAAACGAUGUGGAUCUGAUGACAAGCACUUUGUCUGAAACUGGACCGCAAGAUGAGAUGAAGAAGAAAAAGAAGAAAAAGGCAGCUGGCACUUUAAGCGUCACCAGCAUGUUGAAAAAGUUUCAAAGGGAGAAGGAGAAGGAACGUCAGAAGAUGGGGAAUGUAAAUCAGAGGGCAGUCUUCAUCAUGGGAGCACCCACAAUCCCUCCCUGUCCGGCAGAUGCAGGGGGAGGUGGAGGUUCUGGACUGACUGACCCCCUUCUCAGUUUAAUUGGAUCAACCAAUGACCACACUCUGAUCCAGGCAGCAAACACAGUGGAUUUUGACAUUGAUUUGGACUCUUUAUUAGAAGUCAGCGAUGACUCUUCAUCAGUGAAAGCGUUUACUCAACCUGCAACGGAGACGCAACUUUACCAACCAAAAGUUGACAACCCCACUCAGUCUGAUGCUGCUCAAAGUGAAGGCCAAUCUCAUACAAAGACGAACUCUCAGCCUCAUUCAGAACAAAUCCUGCUCCCGUCACAGACCAGUUCCAUCUCAGCUCAGUGUGUCCAGAUGCCAGAGGGACUCCCUGUAGGACUGGAAGACAGCAUUCAAAAACUGAUGGUGGUUGCCAAGAGCUCUGAGGGGGAGUCAAAACUCAAGUUCUUCACUCCAGGAAUCAACUCAGUCCUGCUCGAUAUUGAGCUGCAGUGUCGGGAACAUGGUGGCCAGCUCCGCUCUAAAGUGUACACACUCCUGUCAUCCUUCCUGCCCUGCAGCAGAGACACACUUCUCAAACGUGUGAAGAAACUGUUACUCACACACGCAAAGGAACCACCUGAUGUGCAGGACCCUGUGCACAAACUAAAGGAGGCGAUCGGCAAAGCUAUGCCCGAGCAGAUUGCAUGUUUCUUUGAAAACUGCCAAGCAUAUGAACAAGUCAAGGCUUCAAAGGCAGCAGAAGAGGAGAAAGAUGGCAAACAGAAGGUGAAUGUUGGACCAGAGGACAAUGUGGAGGAGAAAAGUGGGAAAAGAGGAGGUCCAAAGAAGUUGUUCAAAUGGAGUGAAGAGAUCAGGGAGUGCUUCUAUCAUGUGCUAAGGGUGAAAAUGGAGGGAUACAAAAAGGAAAACAAAGGGAGCCAGGAGAUGGAGGAGUACCUUAAGACCAUGUUAGACAGUGAGGUGAAACCACUUUGGCCAAAAGGAUGGAUGCAAUCCAGGGUGCUGAUAAAGGAGAGCAGGAAGAUUUUAGGCCUCUCUAUGUCAUUACCAGUAAAGAGGGCGAAGCCUCAGAAGAAGCAGCAGCAGUCUAUCUGUAAACCUCCCUCUACAUCUGAUAGCUGCAGCAUUCUCCGAGGAACACUCCCCCAAGAACCAGACAUUGUCUUCAUAGUGAACCCCAAUAUCUCCACUUCUACAUCACUGGGUGGUGUGAAGAAGGGAGUUUCUGCCUUGAAAAAUUUGGAGGCUAAAACAGAAGAAGUGGUGGCAGUGGAUGCCGGCUCCUCUACACCUACGGAGUCAGAAGGAACCCCGGUCAUCCCCACAUCUACUCCGACUCCAUCACUACUGGAUCUCCUGGCUGAUCAGGCAUUGGCUCGGGAGCAGCCUCUCUCUGUGUCCCAGGAGCUCCUGGCAGCAGCUGUUGCAAAAUACAAGAAUUCAGGUGGGCACUGGAACUUUCAGUUUGACACCAAGACGCCUCCUCUUCCUCCUCCGCCUCCCCACCCCAGCCCCGUUGUUAUGCCCCAGAAGCUGCAGAUGGGAGACCUCAGCCGGCACGUGGAUGCUGGUGAGGUUCUGAUCAUCUCUGAUGAUUCCGACAAUAAUGAACCCUAAUCCAAGCGUAUACCCAAUGGAGAUCUGUUUCUUUAACAUCGACUGUGCAGCUGAUGGGAUUCUAACACACUGGGAUGAUAACAAUGUUGACAGUUAAUCUAUUUACUUUGAAUAUCCAGUAAUAGUUCAUGAGAUAAUAUGAAUCUUAAUGUUUUGUCUUUAACCACAAGCAGUGGUCUCCGCUGAAUUUGUUGUCAUAUGUUUUUUGUCAUUGUUAUUGUUUUUGGAUGAAUUGGUCAUCUGAGAUGGAAGAAACACCAGUUGUGUUGACCCAUGAAAAGAGAAAUGGCCCUGUAACUUUUGAGCAUAGGAAUACACUAACAGCCCACCAAACCUUAACCCAGUUCAGAAACUCAACAUCUUAUAUAAUGUACUUGUCAAAAUGGCUGUUUUCAAAUGGCACGGUUUGAAGUGUUUAUGAUUUACUUAAUUAAUAAAUAAUAAAGAGCU